AUGUCAACACCAAUUGUCGAAGAUAACCGUGAGAUUUUUUGAAAGCAAGAAAAUAAGUUAAUUUUUGAGGAUCGAUGCAUGAUACAAAAGUAGAAGAGCUGAAGCAUAUUUCAUCGUUUUCCGAAGCAAAAAUGUUGCCGGAGAAAAAGCCUGGAACCGAAAAGUGAGGGGACAUCAAUAUUAAAUUUAUAAAAAUCUUCAGCUCAAGUUGCGCGGUUGUAGCUCAAAGAGCACAAGAACAAGGAGAAAAUCCUCAAGUUAAUGCAGUUCUGAACGUCGGAAAUCCAAUAGUUAUGGAUGAGAGAAGAAUUGAUGAAGAUUUAUUUGAUGACGAUUGGGAGGACGAACGCCAUCCGUGCGUGACAAUCUAUGUCAGGGUGAGCUUUGUGCGAAAUUUCCGAGAAUUUUUCGACGAAACGCUCGUAUCUUGGUGCUCAUUAUCAAGAAAAACGAUAUUCAAACUACACUCCUCCACGUGAGUUUACGAACACCUUCGAAUACGUCGAAAAAAGGAAAAGAAGAAACUUCAUGGUCCGAGUCAAUGAAAAAAAUAAUAAAGCGCUUCAAAAAUAGGAGUUUGACGUAUUUGAAGAUUUCGAACACAUGAUUAUGUGGAAGAGUGUACAAACAAUUCUGGGUGAAAACAAAACUUUUUUCGAAAAAUAGUGAUUGCGCGUAAGCAUGAGUUUUCUCCGUGUACACUGGGACGUCGGAAAAUUUUCCAAUGUUUUUAUUUCUUUUCAUUUUUUCGUUUCAUUGAUGCAUAAACCCCGAACCGAACCUGUUCUUAUAAACGAUUUUACGUUUGAAAAUCAAAAGUAAGAAUAAUUUUUAGACUUUGGCUUGUUCUUCUAUUGCAAUUUUGGCUGUUUGCUCGGCGUCUACUCUUUGGAUGAGUCAUCAAGAUGUUUUCUGUUAUUUUCGACAAUCGAUUGACCCGAAAUGUGGAAUUUACGACGCGAAAAAAGUUGAUAAGCUAAGGGUAAAUCAAAAAAUUGAAGCAGUUAUAAUUAUUCCUUGAUUUCAGAUCUUUGAAUUUGUCGUGAAGAUCCUAUUGGAAAUCUUGUUACCAAUACAGUCGUUGGUCUUUUUCACAGUGAUGGCUAUCGGAUACGCCUGUUUUCCCAAACUUUUUCUUGGCCUUCCAAUUAAUUAUGAGCAAACUUUCCUGUUAUUAAGAGCCGUUUUCGUGAGUCCAGCUUUUUUUCUUCAUAAUUAUUGCUUCAAAAAUGCUUUUUACGGAGUUCGAGGAGCAGAAGUUUCUCAUAAUUCAGAUAAAAACUAGGAACGGUUUUGAAAAAAAAAAUGGGGAUUUUUUCAUACUUUUUGGCGGGCGAUUUCACAAUUUUUGUGAUUUAACCCCAAAUUUCAAAGUUCCAGGGUCACAAAAUGUUCGAAAAAUUGUGCACGGCCAUGGGCCUGGUGCACGCUUUAUGUGGAAAGAACUCCCAAGAAUACACGGAUGACUACUUUUGGUACAUGUUCGUGUCGUUGUUCUGGUUCUACGCGAUGCUCAACCUGCAAAUCUUCAAAAGACUCCUUUAUUACGACGUCAUUCGGACCCAGGAGCGAUGGAACCAACGACAGCUCGACGCCCUCAAUCCUCCAUGA